AUGUUGAAGCUGAGAUUUGGUUUGAUCCUUCUCCUUUCCUUCUAUCUUUCUACCUCACUUGCACAGCUAGAGAUUGAUCUAGCCUGCCCACAGCCUGCCCACAGAUCUAGCCUGCCCACAGGUAAACCGUACGCUGUACACUGUACACUUGCACAGUUAGAGAUUGAUCUAGCCUGCCCACAGGAACUAGCUCUACUUCCGCAGCUAGAGAAUAAAUCCUUCAUGAAUGCCCAGAUUGCCUGUAUGUUGGACGAAGGCCCCUGUGACCCUAUUGGGAAAAAAGCAAAAAGAAUCGGUGCAGAUGUGCUGAGUGGGCAUUGUGUUGGUCCAUGCGAUAAAUGCACAAAGCAAGCAAUUAGAAAGAUAAUCUCGAAGAUGCAGAACAACUACCCCAAGGCUUGGAACCGGAUACAACAGAAACUGAUUUCUGAAAGACGACCUGGAAAAUGAAAAAUGUGCGCGGCAAUGAUCGCCAUAUUGUCCUUUAAAUUAAUUAUUUAUUUUAUGUAAUUAAAUCUUAAACUAUACAAACCCAUUUUUACAAUUCCAAGAAUAUUAUUUAUUAUCUGCAUUUGUUUAGGAAGUGUUUCAAUACAUACAAAUCGGGAACUUUUUUGGGAUAAAAUGUUUUUAUCAUACCGCCGUCUGAUUGAUUUGAAAUAGUAACGAUGUUUCUUAAAGAUGAAGACAAAAUAUUUACAGCGAUACCAACAAAUUUUGGAAGGGGAAGACGACUAUUAGACUCAAGUUAUAGUGUUGAACAAUCGCAUGAACAUAAAACAGAGCAAACUUAUUGCUUUACAACGAAAUAAAAUGAGAUUGGUUAAAUAUAUCGUCUUCCUGAUCCAUGGGUUUUACAGUAUUAAAGUUGAAAAUGAUAUAGACGAGUUAAGUAAUUGGAUUAAAUAAGUUUUCUGUAUCGAGAAUCAUAUUAUUUUUUUGUUAGAAGAAUUCUAUAAUACUAUAUAUGGGCUCUAUCAACGCGCUUGGUGCGGCUUGUCCCUAUUUUCUUCAAUAAAUUUUAAGCUUA